AUGCAUAACUCUCCCAGGAUGAUCAUCCAAGGGUCCUCCAAUUCUUGUUUUCGCAGUGGGCCACAAGGGAUAUCAAUUUAUGGUGUUUCUGAUCAAGAUGUUGUUUCUUCUUCUUCUAUUCAAGCUGCUACUUCAGCCCCGGAUACUCAUUCCAGUUCUUUCUUAUAUAAUCUGUCAAUUCUCAAAGACAAGGUUCAUCAGGUGCAAUCUUUGGCUAGCACGUUCAUUUCCUCUGAUCAUAAUCAACCUCCCGAGUCAACGCCCAUAGCUGUAGCUAGCAUGGGUACGUUGAUUCAAGAAAUUAUUAUUACUGCAUCCUCUAUGAUGUUCGCUUGUCAACAGGUGUCUCUUGGAGCUGGAGGGCCUUCAGGAAAUAAUAAUAGGACUAGUUCAAAUGAAUUGUACCACCACCACCACAGCCAGAGCCACGGCCACGGCCAUGGACACGGACACCACCACCAGCGUCAGGGUUUUUAUGCAAAUGAUGCGCUUGAUAAUUGGUAUGGUGACAGCUAUAAUACUAAUAAUUGUAGCACAAAUUAUACUAAUACUAGAACAAGUAGUGUUACGGUUAGCAACCAUAAUAAUGAAGUUGGAGUUGGAAGAAGGGAACUACUGUCUCAAAAAGGUGAAGCUAGCGGAGAAUUAGAGAAGCUUUCACCAAAAAGCUAUGAUAUUGUGGAAUUGGAUGCUGCUGAUUUAUUAGCAAAGUAUACACACUAUUGCCAAGUUUGUGGUAAAGGGUUCAAAAGGGAUGCCAAUUUGAGAAUGCAUAUGAGGGCUCAUGGGGAUGAAUACAAGUCUACCGCUGCUUUGAGCAACCCUCUAAAGAACAACUUGGGUGCUAAUGGAAAAGAUCAAGAAGGCUUGCCAAAAUUGCCUAGGAAAUAUUCAUGCCCCCAUGAAGGCUGCAGAUGGAAUAAGAAACAUGCCAAGUUUCAGCCCUUGAAGUCCAUGAUUUGUGUGAAGAAUCAUUACAAGAGAAGCCACUGUCCCAAGAUGUAUGUUUGCAAACGUUGCAGCAGGAAGCAAUUCUCGGUGUUGUCCGACCUGAGAACUCAUGAGAAGCACUGUGGGGAUCUCAAAUGGCAGUGCUCUUGUGGCACCACAUUUUCCAGGAAAGAUAAGCUCAUGGGACAUGUUGCUUUGUUCGUGGGACAUACUCCGGCUAUUAGUUCUUUGGCAAAGAUGGGGAAAGCUGAUCAGAAUGCUGCACAAAUGCAACUAGAUGAUAGGUAA